UGCAACACUGGGUAAAGCAGCCAUUUUAUGGUGUCGUAGUUGGGUUGAUUGUUCUUUAUUAAAUUUCGUCUAUUUUACAUGGAAGUAUUACUUUUUGUUGUGGUUUCGAAACCAAUCAAAACAAUAAACAAGUUUUGAAAGUAGUAUUAUCGUCAAACUAAUUCAUAGAAAAUGGAGCAAGAUGUCGAUAAUGGGUAUAUAAGUAUCUGCAGUGCUUGCUUAAGUAGUGAUCGUAAUUUAUUUUCUAUAUGUAAUUUACAACCAGUUUAUGAAAUGUUCAGGCUGCUUAUGUAUGAUUUUGCGGGAGACCGGUAUAACGAGGCUAUGGCAGACGUGAAGCAGCUUGUGUGCUGGGAGUGUCUCGCCAUUCUUAAAAAGUUUGCCCGUUUCAAGAAGCAGGUGCAUAAUGCUCAGGAACAUCUAAGAGUCCUGGCCUUGAGCAGCACACAAGAGAGUAUGGACCACACAUACAUGUCUCAGUCCCUGUCCUCGCUCGAGAUGUCUACCAAAGUGGAUUACGAUAAAAUAUACUUCGAUUAUACGCAAGAGACUGAUUGGCCUCAAGACUUCAUGACCAUAGCAACGGUGCACAAUGUCAAGAGCGAGCAGUUUGUGGUGGCCCAAGCUGUUAGGGACAACAUAAAUUUGGAUAUGGACGAUCAUAUGUUGGAAGUGCCAGAGAUAGUCCUAGAGAACCCGGUGACGGGGGUGAUGUCCCACAUAGUGGUCGGAACGGACGCGCUGGUCUCCCGGCCGGAUGCGUGCAAGAAGGAUGACACCUCGAUGGUUGUGGAAACAAUUACAUCACCCAAGAUCCAGUCGAUGAUUGCAGUCUGUCGCAAAUCGCCUACAAGCAACGAGAGCGAAGCGAAGUCGGGAUACAUAACAGAGUAUAUGACGGAAGCGGAAAUGUUAGCGUACAGAGAGGAGGCCAAGCAGAAAGUGCAAUAUGCAAGUUCCGUGUACAAAUGUGAGCUGUGCAUAAUUGGAUUCUAUACAGAGCAGCAGGUGGAGGAUCAUUUCGUGAGCGCUCACAGAGCGAAACCGGGUCGCGUCGCGUGCAAAGUGUGUUACGUGUACGUGGAGGAGGCGAAAUUACCAAGUCACGUGGACGAGCAUUACUUCCGCCGCACCUGCUGCCUCUGCGGCCACAGGGAGUACAGCAAGAGGCUCAUGCAGAUGCACAUACAGUACAAGCACGCCACCAAGCAGUUGCCAAGUACCGUCAUCAAGAUUGGCGACUCGGCUCCCCUCGCCGCGACCGGGAAGGGUCGGAAGAAGAAGGACUCUAAAGGGAAGACGCCUCCUAAGGACUUGAGGAAGCUCCUAUCAAAGACUACGAUAGAGGGAUACCAGUGUUUGGAAUGCGACAUGUUCUUCAAAAACUCCCGAUCGCGCAAGAAUCACGUGGCGAGGUUCCACCGCGAAGGUCUGCAGUGCGACCACUGUAAGAAACGCUUCGUGAAUCGUACCACGCUCGCCACGCAUCUGAGGUUACACGAGGGUCCCCUGCCGCGGUCCGAGUGUCCCAUCUGCCACAAGAUGGUCCGCGUGAUCCAGCUCAAGUACCACAUAAGGAGACACGAGAACAAGAGCCGAUACAAGUGUACCGACUGCGACAAGGUGUUCUCCCACCUCACCACGUACCAGGCGCACCUCAAGUUCAGCAGAGCGCAUGCGUCCGACCAAGUUUUCAAAUUCCCAUGCCCCAUGUGCAACAAAGGGUACCCCACAAAGGAGGCUAUGCAGGACCAUUUCAACUAUCAGCAUCUAGGGAAAACGGCGCACAAGUGUCCGAUAUGUGAGAAGCCGAUCGCGUCCCGAGCAUAUGUGGAGAAACAUAUGAUGCGUGUCCACUCUGAGAAGAAGGAGAAGCCGAGGAACCACGUGUGCCAGACUUGUGGGAAGGCGUUCACGGACAAGAAAGCUCUAAACCAGCACGAGGUUAUUCACUCCGGCGAGCGCCCUCUAUCAUGCGACAUCUGCCAACAGACAUUCAAACAGAAGGCGUCGCUGUAUACGCAUCGGAAACGGGUCCACAAAGUGUUUCCGGCCAAACGCGUUAUCGAGUUUAUGGAUACCGCAAAACAAGAACAAUAAUGGGACUCGUGUAAUGGUAACGC